AUGUCGAACCCCAACAACGGCCAGGUUUCUGUGUUUCACUUCACCUCACGGAUCUCCAACGCCAAGAUCAAGAAAUACAAGAUGGCGACUGAGCGCGGCAUGGGACCCAAAUCUAAUGGACUUCGAGCGUCACAUGCCAACAAACCAUCAAAAUCUGCCACUCCACAUGGGGAUGACGCAAGUCCUGCUGUCGAAGCCUCGACCUCUAUGGAGCCACCGGCCAAGAAGCCACGCCUCAAGAUCAACCCACCACGAAAACCGGAUGAUGCUGGAGAUACCAUUGCCGUAUCGCGUCCCAAGAGACCCAACCAGCCCAUUCGCUUCCGAUAUUCGACCGACAUGGACAUCGCCGAUGAACCUCAGGCGGAGGAGCAGAAACCUGUUGAGUCUGCGCCGGUCGCCGUGUCGCCAGCGCCUUCAUCUGGUCUGUCAUCGCUCUCAUCAGCGCCUCUCUCUGAAAAGGAACUUUCGCCAUUUCAGGACCCCAAACCAGCCGCUGGCAGGGAAGGAUAUGGCGACUUCAUGUCUUACUAUGUUGAUGGAGGUGACGAGGAACCUGCUGCUGCUGAGGAGGUCCCGGCGCCAAAGCCUGCCACCAAACCUGCUGCCAAACGUCCCCGAAAGUCAUCUACGAAGGUACAAAAGGAAACAUCCACCAACAUUCCAGUGCCUUCCUCGCAACAUCCUGCGACAAACGAGCCUCAUCCACCUCCGGGUGCCCGUGCGCCGCUGCCGCAGCAGCAAGCCAUGCCCCCUCCACAGCACGCCAACCCGCCUCAGCAAUACCAGGGUCCUUCGAUGCCUCACCAAGGCUCGCCCUCACACCCGCAAAGACCACAGCAGAUGCACCGUCCAUCAAUACCUCCACCUCCUACGCAGCGUGCACUUCCGAUACCCCAACCAAUCAUUCAAUUCAGCGACAUCAAUCACAUUCCAAAACCUACUCAGCCAGACACCAUCGCUCUCAUGGUGAAAAAGCUUGAGGAACUGUCUGCAGCCCUGACUACCUUUGGCGGCGUUCCAGCCAUUCCUCGCUCGCCGCCGACAGCUGCAAGGUCUGUUCCUGUUGCUGCACCUCCUCAGCCAAAGCCGGCACCGAAGGCUCCCGUGGAAGAAGCAGCGAACCCUCUCGACAAUUUCCUUUCACUCUUCGGUGCUGGUGACGACGACGAUACCACUGACAAGGAUCCGCUCGACUGUCAGCUGGCGGCUGCUGGAACUCCCGACGGCCCGCUGACCCACGGCAUCGUCUUCAUCCAGAACGCGCUCAAAUCAUGGGCGCAGCAACGAAUCUCACAUGCUUAUCAGCAGCAGUACAUUCAGCAGCAACAGCAGCAGCAUCAGAUUUCUGCACAACGGCGUGGUCCUGGACGUCCGAGAAAGUUUGAUGAUGUCGUUGAAUUGCUUCCCCCAAAUCCCAUCAUCUCCAUGGACCUAGCCUCGACACCAGAAGGCCAAGCCAUCAUCGCAUUCCAGGCUGUGUUACACUCAGGCUGCCUUCAAGUGAACGCAAAACUGCCAAUCGAACUGUCGCGUGCUCUACGCCACCUAUACAUGCAGAUCGACCACCUCAUCAACCAGGGCGAGAAGCCGACGCCACAGGACUGGCAUUGCAUGUCCUACGGUGCGCAGAUCUCUGCUCAUCGGAUGCGUGUAGAAAAGAUGAAGAUGACACAGAUGAGGGCGCAAGAAGAAAUGAUGCGCCAGAAUGGAUUUGCGCAACAACAAAUUAUGGGCCCCAUGGGCAUGCCGAAUCCGUCGCAGUAUCCAGUCAACGCCGCACAGGCUGCUCGUGCUCAUGAGAUGGAUUUGGAACGUCGUCGCAGUAUGCAGCAUGCCAAUCAGCAACCAUAUAUCGGCCAACAGCAUCUCCACUCUCUUCAGCUGGGCUCACAGACACCUGGUGCUCCCGGUGGUGCUGGCCCUUCGCAGUCGCCGAGCGGCAAUCAGCCUCUUGGUAGUGCUCGUGGUCCGCCUGGCCCGAGCAACGGCGACAUGCGACCGCCGAUGCAGCAUGUAUUGCCAUCACAACCUCAUUUCGAUCCUGCGCAGACGUUGCCCGAUGGCAACAUGAAUGGUGGUGUACCCGUGCACCUUGACAAGAUGAAGAUGUACAUGCCCGGAUUCUUCCCUCGCUCCGGGCAAGCUAUGAAGUACUCCUUCUCUCCCACCACCGAGCAUUCGGUGCGUACGCCUGGGCCGCAAGGCAGCCCUCCCUACCAAAUUCCAGGCCAGAGCGUCCCGAGUCGAGGCCCUGUGAGCGCUCAAUCCAUGAAGCGCGCUGCUCAAGGUCCACCGAAUAAUGGCCGCAAUGAGUCUUCGGAUCACGACGCUGUCAUGAGCAGUAACAUUCCGGUGAGGUCCGUCGAGCGACCAUCAGCACCGCCCCCUCGAACCUCCCUGACGCCUCUCACUCCCGCCGCACCGGUCGAAGGCACUCAGAACGGCAACUUCCGCUCCUACGCCGCUGCACCCGCGGCUGCCACAACAAACGGCUUCACGGCCGUCAACGCUCCCAAACCUCGGACUUCGAUCACAGUACCAGCUGCCCCUAGUGAUUCGCCAGAAACGAUCAAGGUCGCCUCGAAGCGUCCAUCGUCAGCUCUUUCGCCGUCAGAGUCUCCGGCUCCUAGUGCGAAGCGAAGUCGCAAGUCGACGAAGAGUGUGGACCGGGAUGACUCGAACGUUGUGUCGAGCGAUGGUGAUGGCGAGAUGAUUGUGGUCAAAUGA